CCGAGUGGCUAACUGUUUACAUCGCCAUGUUUACAGAGCAUCCUGGUCAUUAAUGGUCCUCAUGAUCUUCCGUUGAAUAUUUUGUGCUAUCGUCAAGAGAUCCUGGAUCAAGAAAGUUAAAUGCUUUUGUAAUAGUUGUAACAGUAACCCCAUAAAAAUGACAACAGGAACGUUUUACAUGGGAUCUCGGCUGUUGGAGCCUCUUUGUUCUGUUUUACCGUUGCCUGUCGAUCAGCUGAAUUUUCUUGUUUGUCAACUGUUUUCAAUGUGGUUUGGACAUAUAUUUAGAACAAAGAUGUCACCCAAGAUUAUCCCUCCAUACUAUAGACAUAUUACAGAAAUUGUUGUGGGACUUGGACUGUCCUACUUCUGUUUUGGAUAUCAAAUGUUACACAUGUUUGCCCAGAGUACAAUGUGUUAUGCCUUGAUGAAGUAUGGACCAGAGACCAAUAGACAUGUAAUGGUGUUCGUGGUGGGUCUUGGAUAUGUUUGUGUCUGUCAUAUAUAUAGACAGUACUAUGACUAUGGUGGAUAUACAAUGGAUGUAACAAGCCCAUUGAUGAUAAUAGCAGAAAAAGUCUCAAGUCUUGCCUGGGCCUUGCAUGAUGGCAGUGUUCCUGAAGAAAAACUAAGUAGUGAUCAAAAGGCAGAGAAAAUCAAAGAAAUACCUGAGCCUGUGACAUUCUACAGUUAUAUAUUUUGUUUUCAUGGUUUUAUGAUAGGACCUCUUGUUUUCUUCUCUGAGUAUAGAGACUUUAUAAAUGGAACAAAUUAUGAUAAGCCAAAUCCAUCCAAAGUUUCAAAUGGAACAAAAGAUGAUGUAGAGUCUCCAUCUCCAAAGGAUGCUGUGACAAAGAAGUGUAUACAAGCGGCCAUCUUCAGUGUUCUAAUGAUUAUCACACCAAAGAUUGUACCGUAUGACUACAUGUUUACUGAUGAAUAUCUAUACGAGUCUACAUUUAUAUAUCGUAUGCUUUAUAUGUUAGUAUCUGUGACUAUGAUUAGAAGUAGAUACUACCUAGCUUUCUUAUUAAGUGAAGCAGUAAAUAAUGCAGCAGGGUUAGGAUUUAAUGGAUAUGACAGUAAUGGUGAACCUAAAUGGGACUUACUAAAUAAUGUUAAUAUAUGGACAUUAGAGACAUGUACUAGUAUGAAAGUGAAUAUAGAUAGUUGGAAUAUAAGAACAGCCUUAUGGUUACGUCGCUGUGUCUAUGAUAGAGUACCUAAGAAGCAUGGUGUAUGGCUUGUAUUUCUAGUUACUUCUUUGUGGCAUGGAUUUUAUCCAGGAUAUUACAUCACAUUUUUGUCGGCAGCAUUUGUUAUAACAGCGGGUAGAAUAAUCAGAAGAAAUAUACGACCUAAAUUUCAGACAGAUGAGACGUUAAAACAGAUUUAUGAAGUGAUAACAUUUAUAGGAACAAGAUUUGCUAAUGUUUAUCUUUGUGCUCCACACUGUUUAUUAGAGUUGAUGCCAAAUCUCAGAUUAUACUGGUCACAAUACUUCAUUGUCCAUGUUGUAAGUGCAGCACCUGUUGUAUAUUAUACAUUUAUUAAUCCACCAAAGAAGGACAAAGUAGAAAAAUCUCAGUAACAGAAAGAGGACUGACCACUGAGAUUAAUAAGAUGUAUAUUGUACUACAAAAUUAUUAUCAUGCUGAACAAUGUACAGAGUUGUUUUAAAUUCUGCUGUUAUUCUACAUGCAGGUUAACAUUAAAUCUAUGGAUUCACUGUUUUAACAUAACAAAAGUGUGAACUUACAGGUUGUCAUUAAAUCUUUGGAGGUUGAAGUGAGAUAAAAUAUGCUGUUUUCUACAAAUGAUAUGUUAUAAUAUUGAUUUAAAAUUGGAACACAUACAACCUUGACUAGAAAGUUUUAAGUUCUUAACUUCCAAAGAAAAAGUACCUGUUCUUAUGUUUUUACCAAAUGAAAUAUGUUUUUGAUUGUAAACUUGUAAUCAUUGAUUUACCAGUCUGCACUGUGAUAUAUUUUUGUGUGUGAUAUAUAUUUCCUUUUCCUGUAAAUGUUGAAAGUAUUUUUAAAGAAGUCCACCACAAAAUUAUAACCAACUCAUACUAAAUAGUACUCAAAAUGAUUAUGGUGUCAUCUUUCUGGAUUUCAUAUAGAUUUCAAGUAACUAUGGAAAAUAAUUCAAAUUUUAUAAUUAAACAUUGUUGAAUAUAUUAUAAUAUUAAAGUCAGGUGAAAUAUUUUUGAUUUAAGUAGUUUUUGGUCACAUUACAAUUUUUAAAAAUAGGCAAAACCCAUUCCAGCUAUAAAAGGUCAUUUGAAAACAAAAUUUGUAUUUUUGCACUUUUUGACAAGAAAAGUAGGUAAUUGAAAAGCUCUUUUUCUGAGAUUUGUUAACUGUAAUGGUUAUUAAUAGAUCUUAGCAAAUGCUAGAGGUUAUAAAAAAAACCAACCCUGCCUCUAGGAGGCAGAUGUAUUAAGGUCAAUCUGUCCUUCGGUCUGUAUAACCCUAAAUUUGUUGUUAUACUUUCUUUGCCCCUUCCAAAUGUUAUGAAACAGAUAUUCAAUACUUAUUACUUGUUACCACUGAACACAGAUCAGUUUUGUAUUUUGGUGCUGUCUCUUCAACUAUUCUCUCGUAAUAUAAAGGAUUUUUUUUUGAAUUUGGUGUAUAUUUACAAUCAGUGGGAUCUGUAACCCUUGGACACAUAUUAUUUUAUUUAUUCUGAGUUCAUUAUUUUUACUAAGAUUAAGAUGUUGUGAAAGCAAACAAGUGAUAAUGCCAAAAAACCCUCAAUACUUUUGUAGAAUUAUUAUGACAUAAAACAAAAAUAUUGUUGAAGAUGGUCACCUAUAGCAAUUGAAAUCCACAUCAUUUGGUUUUGGAUUCAUAGUUAUCUCAUUUGCAAAUAUACAGCAUCUAAUUGUGUACUGCUUUAAUUACUUACGAUUAUACAAGUAAACCAACUGUGUAAGUUAAUCAUAAUACUCUACCAACAGUGAAGAUCAAAUGUUUUAACCUAUAUUUUAUAAAGGAGUAGACCCUAAUUAAUGGCCACGCAAAGAUGAUUUAUUUUAAACUUUAGUUGUUUGUGUAAAUCUGAUUUGUAUGUAUUGCUCAAUGACUGUUUGAAAGUAUUAUAAAAUUGUUGAAUAGUUGUUUCAUAUACAUACAAUAACGGCUUUUUUGUUUUUGAUACUGACUUUAUCAGCAAGAAUAUCAAAUAUUUUGUCUUAACAAUAUAUUUUUUAGUUGAGAAUACAAAUAAAAUGACAUUUUCAGUAACACUGUUUUAUGCUAUCAAUUGUUCUGAUAGUUUUUGGUGGUAAGAAUGAAGUGAUUGAUAGACAUCAACUUGUAUCUUGCUGCAUUGUAACAUGAUUUCAUCACCUUAUAUUUUCGGGUGUCAGGUUCUGUCAAUGAUAUAAAAAAAAAUAUAAAGCAGUCUUUAUCAAUGGUACCAGGAUUAUAAUUGAUUACAUCAGAGGCAUGUUUUGUGUACAUAAGACUCAACAGUGACACUCAGAUUAAAGUAAAAUUAAAUAGAAACUGCUCAAAUUGCUGAUAAAUUCUAAACAUCAUGAACAUUAAAGCCUGUUAUAGUAAAAGAUUAUAUCACUAGUGUCACAAUUGGUGAAUAUAUUCUUUUACAAAGUCUACAUUAGUUAUAGGUUUUCAUAAAAUUUCACAACAUUCAUGAGAUUAAAAAAUUGACAUGUUUAGUGCGUGAGUGUACAUUUAAGUUCCUGAUAUUGUAAUAUCUUUAAUGUGCAAUCAGUACUUUAUCUUGAUAUUAAAGCAUGUUUCUGCAGUUCAAAUAUAAGUAUAGUCUUUUUCAGUAUUAGGUAGAUUAUGAACAAGUUUUAAACAUUUCUGAUGUAUUUAGAAAUUUUACUUAUGUGAAUUAUGCCAAAAUCUGGAAUUUAUAUCUUUUUUUGGAGAGCUGAAAAAGGAUUUCACUGAUCAACAUGAUCAAAAUAUAACCAAUAUUUUCCUUACAGCAUUAUUUUUUUUAUGAUUAACAUCAGCACAAUUUAAAAAAAAAGUUAAUGAAAUUUCAUUUCUUGAAAGUUCAAAUAUCAAACAUGUCAGUUAUGUUUAGAACGUCACGUAAAAAUUAGUUACAGAAAAGAUCCAGUUCUCAUAAUAUACAAAAUUUUAUAUAAUAUCAAUGUAAUGAUUUAAAGAAAUCCAUCUUGAGCUUAGCAAUAUAAGAAUGGUCUGAUGAGAGAAUGAUUAUUGUUUUAUUCUCAUCUCAGAUUUUCAUUUAAAUGGGUGAGAUCUAGAACUAAGGUGCUUUGGAAAGGUGGUAUGUUUCGUAAAUUUGAGAAAAAAUGGAAUCUCUCAUCUACACCAAUCUUAACUUUGUGAUUUUAAAUCUGUUUUUUUACAUUGUUUUAGGUUUGCACUUGUUAAUAAUGUAAUUGUAUUUUGAUGUUACCUCAACACAUUCACUUUGUAGUUUUAUACUAUGUGUUUGUCCUUCUUGUAUGAUAUCAUUGCUACUACAAAGCUUUCUUCAGAAUGAAGCAUAUAUAUCAAAUGUUUUAUUUAAAUCAGUAAAAAAACAGUCCACAGUUAAACAAUUAUCUGUUUAGCACUUUCUGCCAUAAAUGGGUCUCCAGAUAGAAAUUGAUUGAACGCAUGUUGUCUUAUUGGCGGUAAUGUCAUAGAAAUAGCAUUAUAUUUAAGAAUAUAUAUACUUAAUGAAGCAUAUUAUUUUCAGGGAAUUUUCAGAUAAUGUAAUUUGAAACAACAAGAAAUUUGGAAAGCAGUUCUUAAAACACACACAAACGUAGAAUAACAAUACAUUUCUGAUAUACUUUUUUAAUCUAGGGUUUUGCUUAAUUUAUUCAACAGACAAAAAAAGAUGCCAAAUGAUAUUAGUUUAAAUGAUAUUAUUUGUUUACUAUAUAGUUUACCUUGUCAUUUGUAAACAUGAACUAGGUUGACCUGUUGUAAUAGUUCCAUCAAGAUUGAUGCCACCGAAGAAAUAAAGAUACAUUUGAAAAUAAACAGAUACCUGUAUGUGAUAAAAUAUUUUGUUGUGUACUAUUUGAAAAUCAGAAGGUCUUAUUUAUUUGGCCAAAUAAAUAACUUGUAUUUUGUACGUACAAUACAUUAGGGUUUUCUUCAUGUUUGUCAAAAGCCAGAAAAUGUAACUUGUUUGUUAUAAUUUGCAGUUAUUCAUGAUAAUAUAAGAAAUCAUAUUCUUUUGCUAUGAUUUCAUUAUGUUUAUUGUUUAUAGAAAAUGAAAUGAUAAAUAUGCCUUUUUUUGUGUGAAUAUUUCUGAUAUAUACUUUUUUAACAUAGGGUUUUGCUUAAUUUAUUCAACAGACAAAAAAAGAUGCGAAAAUGAUAUUAGUUUAAAUGAUACUUAUUUGUUUACUAGAUAGUUUACCUUGUCAUUUGUAAACAUGAACUAGGUUGACCUGUUGUAAUAGUUCCAUCAAGAUUGAUGCCACCGAAGAAAUGAAGAUACAUUUGAAAAUAAACAAAUACAUGUAUGUGAUAAAAUAUUUUGUUGUGUACUAUUUGAAGAUCAGAAGGUCUUAUUUAUUUGGCCAAUUAAAUAACUUGUAUUUUGUACAUACAAUACAUUAGGGUGUUUUUUUUCUCCAUUUUUGUCAAAAGCCAGAAAAUGUAACUUGUUUAUUAUAAUUUACAGUUAAUGAUAAAAUAAAAGAAAUCAUAUUCUUUUGCUAUUAUUUGAUUAUAUUUAAUUGUUUCUAGAAAAGGAAAUGAUAAAUAUGCAUUUUAUUUUUGUGUGAAUAUUUUUUUAAUUUUUUGUUUUAAAAUUUUGCUCAAGUGUUUUUCAUUCCUCUUUGUUUGUGCUGUUUUUGAUUGUUCCACUUUAGUGCAAUAUAGAUAGCUUGCUAAGAACAAAUAUUUCUUCCCUUACUGGACUGGUCUUACUGAACUAACAUGCAAUACAGAUCCAUUGUUAUUAACAAAUAUUUCAUUCUUACUGAACUGGUCUUAUUGAACUAUAUAUCCAAUACAAUAUAGAUACAAUACAAUAUAGAUCCAUCAAAUAUUGCACGCUUACUGGACUGGUGUAAAUACACAGUUAACUAAGAGCUCAGUCUUUUUAGGGCUUUGAGGGGAGGCACUUAAAAAAAAUCUUUUCAUCCCACAGUUUAACAUUUUGACAGUUAAAGGACUUUGAGCCAAAUAAUUAGUUUUUGUAUGCAUGAAUAAAGUAUAAUCCAUCAUAUGCAUAAUUGUUUUCUUUAUUUAAUACCAAUAUUACAUACUGGAGCUUCAAUAUCUUCUUUAAAAUAUUUUUCACCAAAUGCAAGUGACACUAAAUAUUUUUUAUUAUAAGCAGAAUGUUAAGUGACUUUUAAAGGAUUUUUUUUUAUAAAUUUAAUGUAGAUGUUAUUUUUUUUAUCUUGAAUAUGAACUGCCUUAUUAAUAUUGUUUUAUGAAGGAAAGGAAGAAAAUUUUGCAGUUAGUUCAUAAUUUGGAAAGUAAAAUUUAAAGUAAAAUUAUAUCAGCUUUGGAUUGAUAAAAACAUUUUUUUUAUGAACAAAAAUGUGAAAUUUAGGCCUCAAGCAUUAUUGAAAAUACUUUUUUGUAAUGAUGCACAUCUGUUACAGGAAAAAUGACAAUGUAGUUUCUAGAGAUUACUUAUACAUAUAAUGAAUGCAUUAGGAGUUAAGAGUGUAUUAUAUGGGAAAGUAUAAAUGUAUAAUAUUGUAAUAUACAUUAUCCAUAAUAAUUAACUGCACUUUCAACAAUUUUUUCUUUUGUCAGCACAAUAACAUUUAAUGUUACAUGUUGUUGAUGACUACUGUUGACUGGAUGUACUGAUUAGAGAUACCAGGCUUAUAAUGUGGAAUGAAGAAUCACCGCUCAUAUAAAAGUAGUGGGUUUUUUUUGUAUGAUUUAAAUGCCAAAACCUUUUAUUGAUGAAUGUUAAAACACUUCUGUGUAAAUAUAUUUCAGUGUGUAUUUUUGCAUAAUUGUUUAUGAACAAAAUUAUUAUUUUUUGCAGAGGUUAUAUUUUAUUUUAAUGUGUAAAAACUUUGUGAGAUCUUCCUUAACAGUAAUAUAUAAAGUCAAACCCCUUCCAAUAAAAAGUAAUAGCCGUAAAGUUGUGAAAACAGGCAAAAUAAAGUUUUCAGAAAAAAUAUUAAGUUUAUAAAUUAUAUAGUUUAAUUACUCUUUUUAUCAGUAAUAAUUUAAUUGUUAUUCUUAAAUUAAGUUUAAAAUAGCUGACAAGUAAACAAAAAUUCAAAAUGGAUAAUUUUUGUACAUCUGUGACUGAAAGAACUAUGCAUUACAAAAUAAAUACUAUAAGCAGUGUUAAAUUAUGUUCAUUGCAUUUUUUUUUACAAAAACACAAUUGUGAAAAAUAUAAUACCAUUACAAAUAACGAUAGUGUUGUGUUGAUUGAUGCAAUUGGUCUGGUUGUGGUGCACUAUGUUGCUAUGGUGUGUUUGCUUGUUGACAUGUGUAUGCUUGUUGGCAUGUGUUUGUAAAGUUUGCUUUAAAUUAAACCAUUUUGUAUGUAACUUACUGUUUAUGUGAACAAGUUUUAACAGUGUUACAAAACGUUCCUAUUUUAUUCUUCAUAUUGAAUAACUUUUUUUAUGAGUUGAAUUUAUUUAUUUGUUUUAGCUGUAUAAUAAAGUAUUCACAAAUAUUAUGA